CAUUGCUUUGGGAAAGAGAAAAGCAGUAUUAAAUCUGCCUUCACUCAAACUCCUGCUCUUUAAGAAAUUACUGAGAUGUAUAGCAUAUCUGGAUGCAUCAAUAAGCUUUGCACUGUGAAAUAGGUUGUGCUUCUUGAUAGAAGACAAGACAAAUUAUAUAGUGACAUUUGCUUUUAAGUCAUCAGUUAUAGACCAACAUAAUGAUGGAGAGACAAGUUAUUAAAUCAGCUGUGGAUUCACUGGAUGGAACAGAAAUAACAAUUGAUUUUCUGUAGUUGUGUUUGGAGUUUGCCAUGGAGGUGGGAGUAUCAUGGACUUUGGUAAUGAAUGGCAAAAGACAAAGUUACAUCCUUAUGAGGGGUUCCAGAAUUCCCAGAGCAAAAUACACAAUGGUUGGAGAGGCGCUGCGUUAUGUUAUCCCCUGCCAUAUGCAGUGCUCUAUGGGAUGUGGUGGCCAGGCUUGCAAGUAUGAGGAUCCCUCACAUUGGAGUGAAGACGAUCAGGCCAUUAAAGGAAUCUAUUCCUCCUGGAUUACUGAUGACUUGCUUGCUAUGGCACGCCCAUCCACAGAAAUUAUCGAAAAAUACGACAUAGUAGACCAAUUUCUGAGAUGUGGCUUGAAGACACUUAUUAAUCUCCAAUGCCCUGGUGAGCAUGCCAGCUGUGGAAAACCGCUUGAGGCAGAGAGUGGAUUCACUUACCAACCAGAGAUAUUCAUGGAGGCUGGCAUUUAUUUUUACAACUUUAGAUGGAAUGAUUAUGGUGUGACCUCUCUCAUGACAAUCUUGGAUAUGGUGAAAGUCAUGUCUUUUGCCAUCCAAGAAGGUAAAAUGGCUGUUCACUGCCAUGCGGGGCUUGGAAGAACAGGUGUGUUGCUAGCCUGCUUCUUGGUGUUUACCUCACGGAUGACAGCAGAUGAAGCCAUUCUAUUGGUACGAGCAAAACGAUCAAACUCUAUCCAGACAAGAGGACAGCUACAGUGCGUGAGGCAAUUUGCUCAGUUCCUUGUUCCGCUACGGAAUUUGUUUGUUAACGCUGAGCCGAGAGCUCCCCCUGUUACUCUUUCACAAUACUUGAUCCGCCAAAAACAUAUGCUACAUGGAUAUGAGGCUCGGCAGUUAAGAUACAUACCAAAGCUGGUCCCCUUCAUUUGCAGACUUCUAUUGGACAUUGCAGAGAAUCGUCAGGUUAUUGAGGAGGACAUUGUUGAGGUUCCUGACAUCACACCUGUGGUAGAGAGAAUUUUUAAUGAAAAUGCAAUGUAUCCAUUCAACAGUGAAAUUACGGGAAAUGAGAUCACUAUGAUCAAACCUCGUCUUCCAGGUUUACCCCGAGUCAAUAGAGAGAAGUCACAACCUCUUUACUAUGUCCGUAAGAGCCUUAGUUACAGUGAUUCUGACCUAAAGAGGUUAGCUGAAUCUCUAAACCUCUCCAAUAACCCUCUUAGUGUCUUAGCCACCAUUCACUCCUCUAACAUCAGCAGUCAGUUAGAAGCUUUCAACAGUGUUUCCCUAAACUAUGCUGCAUCUUCUCUGGGCACUUGCAAGGAUAGUCCCAUCUACAGUUCAACCAACAAUAUAUGGGAGCUGAAAACUUUUAUGGACCAGCAGGAAGGAUCUCCACUGUUGAAAAAGAGGAGGCAGUCUGUCCUGCAGCGAAGCCAGUCUCUAGGUGUUUCAGAUACGAAAAACACCAGAAGCAUCAGUGCAGUACUUUCAUUCUGGAAGAAAGACCCCAAGCCAAGCGCUGAUCAUGAAGGGACUAAAAAUGAGGAGAAAGACCAUUCAGAGGUGCCCUUCAUCACCAUCCAGUCCGAGUUGUCUCUGGACUCACGUCGUAUCUUGGUUGCUCAGUCCCUUGCGGUAGACCUUGAGCAGGAUGGAGACAAGGAACAUAUUCAGAAGGUGUCCACUUGGCAGACAGAUCUUAAUUACCAGGGUGCAUGGGAGCGACUGUGUUUGGAAAGAGACCCGUUUAUUCUUUCUGGAAUCAUGUGGUCGUGGCUGGAGCAGCUCAAGGAACCAGUCAUCUCAGCUUAUGAUGUUCACAUACUGGAAAAGGCCAAUCAGGAUGCCAAAACUGUCCUCAAUAGCCUAGAUAGGGCUUCAAGAGAAACGGUGAUGUGCAUUCUGGACUGUUUUGCUCAUCUCUUCACAAUACCAGAGGAAGUUGAGAAUGCUUUUCUAGAGCGAGCAACCAAAGCUUUCACAAAGGUGAAAAACACAGAUGGUGGGACUAGCGUCCAUGAGAUCAUGAGAAAGGUCUUGAAGCUUGUUCUGCAUCUUUUGAGAUCAGCUGCAAUGAACGAGUUUGAGGUGUGAUGUAGAUAACUAUAGCUAACUAAACAAUACCUUAACUACAAACAUAAUUAAGUUAAUUUACAUCUUUGUCCAUGAUCAAAGACAAGCCCUGCACUUUACAUCUGUGUCUACACAGGUAGUUUUUAAGUAACCGAUAAAGCUUAGCACAGGACUGAAAAGAGCUGUUAAGGGAAGAUUGAUGUUUUAAAGGCUUUGGCUCUUAUUUGGAUUCUGGGUUCAGAUAAGGAAUCUAAAAAGGGGUAGACCAAAUUAUACCGCUACCCUUUGUAAAAGUUGAAAAAUACAUGUUAUAUUGUAAAUUAUGUUUUGAUGGGAAAAAAAAAAAAAAUACUCUAUAUUAUGUGCCAUGUUGCUAAGAAAAGCAUUGCACCUUCUAAUUUUUGUACCAAGUUUGUCCAACUAUUUG